CGAUAUACGAAUUCUUCUUUGUGCAUACACUGGUAAAGCUGCGUUUAACAUUGGUGGUCAGACAAUUGCUUCUGCAUUUCACCAGAAAAUUAACCAAAGGCAGCAAAAUAUGCAUUGUGAUGAACUCAACACAUUUAGAACUAAAUACAGAAAUUUGUCAGUUGUCAUCAUAGAUGAAAUUUCAAUGGUUGGCAAUGCAAAGUUGGAAUUUAUCAAUGGCAGACUUCAGCUUCUUACUGGUUUGAAGAGGCCGUUUGGAGGCAUCAGUAUUAUUGCUGUUGGAGAUUUCUUUCAACUGAAACCAAUUAUGGAUGGCUGGAUUUUUCAAGAUUUAAAACAAAAUGCCCAAGCACUUGCAUGUAAUCUUUGGAAAGAAAACUUCACCUUAUUCGAGUUAGAUGAAGUAAUGCGACAAAAGGAUGAUUUAGAAUUUGCACAGCUUUUGAACCGUCUUCGUCACAAUGAGAUGACUUCUGAGGACUUGGAUAUAAUUCACAGGUGCAUCAUUGCUGAAAAUAGUCCAAAUUAUCCACACAAUGCUCCCCAUCUUUUCACAAUGAAUGCAAAAGUAGAUGAAUAUAACAAUAAACUUAUAGAGCAACUUCCUGGUGAAAAAGUUAUUGUAAAAGCUGUUGACAGUGUCCUCCAAGACCACAGUAAGUCUGUGAAAGACCGACUACUCAGAUCAUUGCAAAAUCAAGAUGAUGUUAGCAAAACUGCAAAUCUCAUGACAAAACUAACUCUAGCCAUUGGAAUGAUAUAUGACAUUACAGUUAAUAUUGAUGUUACUGAUGGCUUGACAAAUGGUUCAUCAUGUACUGUAUUUCUUGUUGAAAACAGAUUACCUGGUGUAUCAAGGCCAAGUAUAGUAUGGGUGAAGUUUUUGGAUUCUGCAGUAGGGAGAAUUGCUCGACAGAAAUACAGACAUCUUUUCCAUGAUGGUGUUAUGGAUGAUUGGACACCGAUAUUUGACUGUCAGCGAUCUUUUGUUUUCAAUUCAACUACAUAUCAAAGAAUACAGUUUCCUUUAAGACCAGCUGCAGGUAAGACAAUUCAUAAGGCUCAGGGCUGCACUGUUGAUGAAAUUGUAGUAGAUUUAUCUCAGUCAAGGAUAAGGAAAACACCCCACAUUCAUUAUGUAGCUCUUAGAAGCACCUCUAAAGCUGUGUUAUCUUCCAUUGUACAAAACAGAGCAGAACAAACUAAAAAUUAUGUUUAAUAAUGCAA